GGUGUCAAAUGGUGAGUAUAUUUUCGAAGGCUCCUUCACCCAGCCUCAAUGCGGGCUGCAGCGUCCGUGCUUUAGGAAGGAAUGGACUGUGGUGAGCUGGCGAGGACAUUAGCAGAGGCUGACUUACUGCCUGCUGGCACCGCAUCUAUGUAAGUGUAGGUGGAGGCAGAGUGAGUAACAGAGUGCACUGGCCAAAGACCCAAAGCAGUUCCUUACGGCAGCCGAAGGCUGUGAGAGCAAGGUCACAGCUCAGGAAGUCUAGAAGAAUUGCUCUGUUAAGCGGAGGAGACAGGCUCGUAAAGUGGCCAUUUCAGGGGUAACUUCAAUUGUUGGACUCUGUGAGAUAGCUUCGUCCACCUCAUCCCAAUAUCCACCUUGUCACCAAGUUUGCUCCUGUAUUCUGCUUUCAGCCCACACCACAGAUACCAGAAGGUCAGAAUAAUCCGCGGGAAGAAAUCUCUAACCCUCUGCGUUCAUUCUGGCAGCUGGAAAGUCGCCCAGCCUCCAGGUAGAGAGGAGCCGUGCCCCUGCCAAUCCUUUCCAAACUGCUAGCAGUGUCCUCUGCGGCUGGUCCGCGACUUGCAAUCUCCACAGCAAGAAAGUUGAGCUUUAGACGAAAAGGCAUUUGAGUGACCGGGGUGGCCACAAAACGGAUCUAUCUGCACUCGGUGUGAUGUUGACGAGGAGCUGCUCCUGAGGUGGCUGCUAGCAGUCAGUGACCGUGCCCCAUGCUGUCUAACAGCCUUCCCCCCUGUCUAACUGCACCUAGUGGCUCUCAGACACCUCCGCCUAUGCCCUCUGCUCAUGAUAAGAGGUGAGAAAGGCAAAGCGAGCGAGUGCUUGGGGAAGCGAUGGCUGCAGCUCUCCCUAAAUGAGCGGGGCGGUGCUGCAGCGUGGGCCCCGGCCUGGCUCAGAUUGUUCUUGCAGCCAGUUGCAGGGCAUGGCCAGCGGGAACAGCUCGGUGUGGGAGGCGCUGCUGCUGCUGCCUGCUCAGGCCUCCUGUCCCAGCUGGAGGCACAGCAUGGAGGGCUCGGUCUACCAGCUCGCCAACAUCUUCUUCACCCUCGGCUACAUGGGCGGCAGUGGCCUGGUCGGCCUCCUGUACAUCCACCUGUUCCUGGCCUCGGGUUUCCUCUGCACCUCGGUCUGGGCGUGGACCGACGCCUGCGCCGCAGAUAUCUUCUCCUGGAACUUCGCACUGCUAGCGGUCUCCGCCGUCCAGCUCAGCCACAUCGCGUACCAACUCCGCAGUGUCUCCUUCCAGCACGACCUACAGAAUCUGUACGGAGCCCUCUUCCAGCCGCUCGGAAUCCCCCUGAGCAUUUACAAGAAGAUCGCCACUUGUUGCACCGUGCUCUCCCUGGAGAAGGAUCACUGCUAUGCCAUGGAGGGCAAAACCCCCAUUGAGAGGCUCUCUCUGCUCCUGUCUGGCAGGAUUCGGGUGACAGUGGACGGGGAGUUUUUACAUUAUAUCUAUCCCUAUCAGUUUUUGGAUUCUCCAGAAUGGGAUUCACUCAGACCGUCAGAGGAAGGGAUCUUCCAGGUGACCCUAACAGCCGAGACCAGCUGUCGCUUCGCAGCCUGGAGGAGGAAGAAGCUGUACUUGUUGUUCGCCCAGCACCGCCGCAUUUCCCGGCUCUUCUCGGUCUUGAUUGGGAAGGACAUUGCCGACAAACUGUACUCACUGAAUGACAAGGUGUGCCUGAAUAACGGGCUGCGUUAUGACCUGCGGCUGCCGAGCUUUUACCAUUUGGCGGUGCCUGUAGGGGAGCUCUCCGAGAGGAACCCCGCCGGGCAGCAGCAGCAGCAGCGACAGCUCUGAGGCGCCUUCUUCCCCAACCCCCACGGACUUCCAGCCUCCCGGGGAGGGGGAUGCAGCUCCGCACCCCGCCUGCCCGCAGCCCCUAGACCCAGUCUUAGGGGGCGGGAGAGGGGAAGGGGAACUGAGGAUGGGAAUGAGAGAAGCGAGCGGAGAUUUACCUUGUGAUUGAUUCCCCACUCUUUUGAAAGAUGUAAAGUGGGGAAGGGGGGCAAACAAGAGGGGGGUGUCUGCCCUUGGCCAGCCAAGUGCCAGAGCGGUGGUGUGUCCCUGCGAGUGACAGUCGAACAUUACAGAGUCGGUGUCCCCUUCUGAGUGUCUUGAGUUCGGGUCUCCGCUGACUUUGAGUCUCUCGGUGAAUUAUGUAGGAAGGAAGUCUUUUUUUCUUUAGACAAGCUGCCGUGCAGUGUGGAAAUUGGCGAGUGUGCGUGUGUGUGUGUGUGUGGGAACAUUGCUGCUCUGUGCACUGACAGUCAGCCCACUCCCAGAGCCGCAAUGGGUCCUUGACUCUCUGCGCCUUCCUGCUGCUGCUUCGCUCUGGGAUUCCGUGUCCUUCCCCCUUAACAGCAGCCCGAGCUGGGCACACUUACAGCACGGCUGAAAGGACAGGCUCUUAGACUCUCCUGGACCGGAGGAGAUAAAUGAAGCUCUGGUUGGAACUUUCUGAUGGUUUCAUUGAUUUCCCUUCCCGCUUUAUUGUCCAGGGAGAUCAAAUGAUGUGGGGAAGGUUCGACGCUGAAUUUGCACAGAAUAGCGUACAAGGAUAUUGCCUGUUCAGUUGCUAUCAAUUAUUACAUUUACUGUGAACGAGAAAGGCUGCAUCCUUGAUUUUAUUUUGGUCAUACAAUACAUUAAUGGUGGUUACUGGACAUAGGCGUUCAAAGUAAUCGAUGUAAUUGGCACUUUCCGACGAAAGCUGUUGAAUCAAAAUAGUGUGAAAAGGAAAGGCGGUGUUGCAUCAAUCCCCAGGAUUGCCAGUAAACGACCAGAAAUGUUCCGGCAGGUUAGAUGUAACAUCAAAUGACAAUCAGCGCUUUGAUCCCGAGAAUUGACUGAAUUAUAAAGAUCCCUUCUGGAGAAUCCCUCAGCUGAAGCAGGAGCUGUGAGCACCAUCCAAUUCCCAGUUGCUUAGAAACACAAAGCAAUUAAAAGUCUUAUUUCAUAAAGCCUGGAAGGGGUAGAUUUUUGUUUCGUUUGGAAUUUGAACCCGAGAGCAAAUGGGUUUCGGGGCAGAGUUCCCGUCCAGUCUUGCCGCAUUAAAACUCCAGGGACUGCUGAAGUCAUGGUGCCCAGGGGCCUGGUCCUUCAAAACUGAAAAUCCAAGGCCAAGGGACUUUCAGUUUCCGGCCACAGUAAAGAGCGAAACGAAGGCGACGCGUCAGAAAUUGAUUUGUCAAAGUUGCAAAGCUAGACUGGAGGCUUAAAAAAGAAACCCGAGAAAUGAAUGAAAGGGAAACACUUGAGGGAAAUAAAUUGUUCUGAAAUCUGGGAAAGAAACGGCCAGAUAGCGACUAUGCCCCCAGGCGAGGCCCAUAGCAUGACUAUCAGGAGAAUCGACGUUUCGGGCAUCAGCCCUGAUGAAGAGCUUAUGCCCGAAACAUCGAUUCUCCUGCUGCUGGGAUGCUGCCUGACCUGCUGUGCUUUUCCAACACCACACUCUCGACUCAUCGCCAGCAUCUGCUGUCCCAAUAGAACGACUAUGUCAGAGGUCAUUGGAGGAUGGUACAUUUGAAACUAGGAGGAUCACACCAGCUAAACACUGAACAUCACUGUAUCAGGAGCAGCUAGAUAAGAAAGGAUAUCACCGAGAGUUAAAAACUAACAGUGAGUGAAGAUUUACCCACCAGCUGCAUCCAAAAACACAAGAGAGUGGUGGAUGAAAAACCCUCCACUAUUUCAGCAGUUUUGAGAUCCUGGGUGGACUUGGACCAUGCAGAAUCUAAGCAGUGAUUGCAGGAUAGUAAAGGCUUAGGUAUUUAAUGGAAGAGAGAGAAGAUGUGGCAGCUCCUUUGAGGUCAGUGAAGAAAGGGAGAUCUUUAAAAAGCCUAGUGGGUGAGCUUCGAUCCCAGGGAAAUUGUGAGAAAUAACACCUGUUAAACAAAACUGAGCAAAUAACUCCGAUGGAAGCAUGGGCCAACAACAGCCCAUGUAAACCUGAGAAAGACAUGAUGUUUUAUUGGAUUCCAUGCAAAAGAAAACUUAAUCUUCUCCAUGUGACCUGUUGUGGUUCCCUGCUGGUUUGGUUGCUGCAUGCCCCACAAAUACCAACAUUACAGCUCUGACAAGUCCCUCCAAUUUUUUUUAUUUGUUCAUGUGACAUAGGCAUUGCUGGUUAGCCAUGCAUUUAUUGCCCAGGCCUAGCUGCCCUUGAGGAGGCAGUGAUAAGCUGUCUUCCUGAACUGCCCUAGUCCAUGUACUAUAGGUAGACCCAUAACAUUGUCAGGAUGGGAAUUCCAAUAUUUUGAACCAAUGACACUAAAGGAAUGGUGAUAUAUUUUCAAUCAGGAUGGUGAAUAGCUUGGAGAGGAACUUGCAGCUAGUGGUAUUCUCCUGUAUCUGCUGCCCUUGCUCUUCUAGGUUGGAGUGGUCAUGAGUUUGGAAGCUGAGAGUCAUUUAAGAAAUUGAGUAAGAAGGGUGAGAGUCUGCUUCCAAUACUGCAAUGAGGUCCGCAUUCAUUACAGUUGACCGUAUCAGUUGUUAAUAAAAGGCACUGACCAAUUUAUGAUUAUGUCAUAACUACAGAUAUUUCAUUUAUGAAUAUUUAUGCUCAAAGGGGCAUUUGAUGUUUGAUGAUAAAACAGGCUUAGAAUGAACAUAGUGAAG